UUUUAAAAGGGAAUCAAUAUUUGUCUACCAAAUUAAAGUCAGUGACUGAGCUCAAUAUAGCAUACUACCCAUACUACACAUGUGUCUAAAAGAUUUUUCCAAAUCUCCUUUUUAUCGUCUUGGACUAUCUUUAUUUGUCACUUAAACUUAAAGACUCCCAAAAGUGGCCAGAUAGAUUGAACCUGACUUGCACCCAAACAUUAUAAUGGUUAAUGGACCACCACAUGCUCUUUAAUUCUUCUUAAUGUGCAGACAAGAUAGUUAAUCCUUUCUGCUGUGCCUUAAAUUGUGCACAUAGUAAUUAAUAGCAACAAACGGAGUACAAAUAUGAAGUUGAACGCCUCUCUUCUUCUGUAUGUGAUGAACUGGCCUGUCAAGGCUUCACAAAAGGUAUCUGUUGAUAGGAAAGACGUUAGUGCUCAGUGACCUGGGUGUGGUGUCAUGAAUAGAAACCAACAUUUUUAAAAAUGGACAGUAAACUUGUAUGUUACGCUUAUAUAAAUCAAAUUAUUGUAUUUAUAUUACACCUCCUGAAUACAGCAGCUUGUAAACUUGCCGUAUUUUACUGCUGUUUUAAAUGCUAAAUGUGUCAGUAAUUCAAAACAUUUACGUUAAUACCUACUGUCGAAAUAAUCGUCUACUAUUAAGUGCACUCUGUCACUAAUAACAGUAUUAGUAGAUAGUAAAUACUAAAGUAAACACUAAUAGUAAACAAACUGCUGCGUUUUUCCAACCACCAAUGAGAGCGCCGUAUGUAUUUGAAUAUUGAGCAUGAUUGACACGUCUGUUGACCAAUGAGAAAGCUGAUAUCAGUUUGCAAAAGUUACGGUGCCAUAGUGACAAGAGAAUGACGCUUUGUAUUCCCAACAAUAGUGAAUGGCAGCGGUUCGAGGAGAGUUUCGAAAUAAACGAAGAAAACUUGGAAAUUAAAAAGAUUACCGGUUGGAUCCUUAGCAGUGCAGCAAGAUGAUUGUUCAUGGUUGGAAGUAUAUCGGAACGAAAGGACUAUACCAUUACAAAUUGUUACUAUUGUAAAUUCCAGCACCGAAAUGAGAGUUUUGAAGCCAGCUGAGUCAACAAUGAGGCAUCUGGACCGUCCGACCAGCCCGGCGGUCCGCAGGGUGGAGAUGGAGCGUGGCAAAGCUGGCUACGGAUUCACCAUUGCCGGCCAAGCACCUUGUGUCCUUAGGGGAAUAAUAAAAGGGAGUCCGGCGUACAGUGUCGGACUGCUGCCUGGAGACCGCAUCUUGCGUGCGAAUGAUACAGAUGUAUCUGAGGCGUCGCAUGAAGUUGUGGUGAAGCUGAUUGGUGCGUCAUCACGAUCACUGUGUUUGCUGGUCACAUCAGGUGACAGGCCGCCCAUGGCCUCGUGCUCCAGUGACAAGGAACUGGGUUGUCAGAGUAAGAGUACACUGCCGUGGCUCAAUCCUGGAGAAAAGUAUCCUUUCCCCAACAGUAGAGACAUUAGGGAGCCGAUGCUUCAGUCGGUUGGAAGUUUUGAUACUGUCUUUGAGAUCUCUGAUCAGGACACCAUGACCACCCAUCAAGAGAAGCAGAAAAAACAAAGACCUUUUUCUGAACCAGAAAUGUCUUAUUGGCUGCAGCAGCGAAGAUCAAAAAUCCACGCCUAUAGUCUUUCACAGGAGGACACGUCUCGAGUCGUAAGUGAGGAUUCUGUGUUUUCAGACCUUCAGAAUCAGAAUGAUUUUGUAUCUGACUCCAGCAUCCUGAACGUUGCAAUGAUUGUGGGAUACAUCAACUCCAUGGAACUGGAGCUAGUAAUGUCACAAUCUGAAGAGGAGGCAUUGCAAACCAUCCGUGAAUGCAUCAGUCAGAUCGGUAUUGAGCAGAAGACCCAUUCGCUGGUCAUGAUGAGGGUCAAAUGCAACUGUGUUCAGCUUUGUGAUGACCGAGAUGUCGUUCUAGCAUCUUACCCAGCGGAGGACCUGGCACUUUGUGUCAUUUGCACAGAGGACAGCAGGUUCUUUGGCCUCGUCUCGGUUGAUUCAACCAAAAAUAUUGACAAUGGGAUGCAGACAAGCACCCUGAAGACAUUAUGUCAUGUCUUUUUCAUAGAUCCGGAACUUUAUGAACACAAGGAGCACCAAAGCAUCAUAGGACACUUUGGGAUUCCCUGCACUCCGGAUCCAGACACUCAAGGCUGUUUGGAGUUUCCUCAAACUCCACACUCGAUUUCACACUUUGUGUCUGUCCUCUAUACCGACAUGGGAGACUAUAUCGAAAAACUGAGACUGAAACUUGACAGCGAGAAUCCUGAAGAAGAACCGCAAAGCACAUGUAACAAUGGCAGUGGCAGCGACGGUGGGAUUGGAAAUGCUUCGCCAGAGGAUAGAGACAGUCUCAGUGGCCAGUGGAGCUUAACAUCUCCAAACAUUCCCAACCCACCACCACCAUAUUAUUCCCAGCACAGGAACAACACACUUCUCAAACCGGAGUGCAGGUGCCUUCUGUCUGAACCGCUAACAGGACCUGUUCAACCUGUGACUCAAUCAGGUGUCUCAGCCAGGGCAGAUAGUUCAGCUUUUACUCCUCUUCCUCUUAGUAUACAAUCUAACUUGCCACCUAAACUGAGAACCAGUCAACGCAGACCUUCCACUGGCUUAAAGGCUCGCUGGCAGAAAUCUCGUCCCAACAGCACUGAAUGCUUGGUGGAGAGGGACAUCGAUGAGCCCACAAGUAAAAGCAGCACCCUUCCUCCUGCUAUGGAACAAAUCCCGACUCUCAGAUCGAUACCACUAGAAGAUCUCAAACAUCCUCAGAGAAGGAACUCCACCCCACAGCUGACCUCCAGGUUCUUCAGUAGUGCAGCCAAGAAUAAGGAUAGGGAAAAUAAGAGAUCCUUAUUUUGGGCACUCACAAGGGGACGUUCGUCUGUACGAAGACCAUCAGGUCCAGCUAAACGACUCAGUCUGGCUCAUUCACUAAAUGACCUUGAGUCGGCCGCAUCAGAUGGUGAGCGCAGUGGUCUUGAGCGUCAUGACUUCGGCAGUGUGAGCAGUUUGGAAAGCAAUAGUAGUCUGCCCAGCGUCACCAAACAAUUUCGCUUCUCAGAGCGCCGUGUUGCAUCAUGGGCCGACAGCUUUGAGCGUUUGCUCCAGGAUCCUGUGGGUGUCCGCUAUUUUUCUGAGUUUCUAAAGAAAGAGUUUAGUGAGGAAAACAUCCUAUUCUGGCAGGCCUGUGAAUGCUUUAGCCAAGUUCCAGAACAUGACAAAAAGCAGCUGUCUCAGAAGGCCAAAGAGAUCUACAAUUGUUUCCUCUCAAGUAAAGCUACCAUGCCGGUGAACAUCGAUAGUCAAGCACAACUUGCUGAUGAUGUCCUGACAGCUCCACAGCCUAACAUGUUCAAACACCCACAGCUACAGAUCUUUAACCUGAUGAAGAUGGACAGUUUCGCUCGGUUCCUGAAGUCCACUCUUUAUCAGGAGUGUAUGCUGGCUGAGGUGGAGGGUCGACCUCUCCCUGACCCUUGCCCGAUCCCAUGUAGCCCCGCCCCGUCCAAACACAGCUUCACCUCUGACCGUUCCACAUUCUCCAUGCCUAAAAAGGAAAACAGGAGGCCCAAAACAGGCAGGUCAAGUGAUGACCUCAGAGAGAAACUCUCAGAUAAGAAAAAUGGCUUCUUUUCCUGGUACAGAUAUCCAAGUAUUGGGAAAGGACAAAAGAAAAGAGACGCCCCAGAUUUACCUUACAACUGUAAUGGGUGGAGAGAGUCUCAGGGUUCACUGUCUUCUGGUGCGAGUCACGAGCUCAACACUUCGUCUUCCGGAGGAAAGAAUGAGCAGUGUGAGCCGAGAAGUUCUGGUUCUGUUUGGGAAAAGGACAAAGAGCGAUGUAGCAGGACGUGUACAGUAAUGCUACCCGACGGCUCUGGCUGCUCCAUUCCUCUACGACAGGGAGCCUCCAUCAGACAGGUGCUGCUGGAGCUCUGUCAAAAACAGCACAUCAACCUGGCUGCUGUCGACCUCUUCCUCACCGGAGGAGAGAAGCCUUUGGUGUUGGACCAAGAUAGUAUUACUCUCAGCUCCAGAGAACUUCGUCUUGAAAAACGCACUUUGUUCAGACUGGACCUGGUACCCAUUAACAGAUCGGUUGGGUUGAAAGCAAAGCCCACAAAACCUGUGACUGAGGUUCUGCGUCCUGUGGUUGCCAAGUACGGACUCCACCUUGGUGACUUGGUUGCCAGAAUAAGUGGACAGACAGAAGUUCUCGAUCUUGGAGUACCCAUAUCAAACCUUGAUGGCCUACGAGUUGUACUGGAAAGGGCUGAUCCAGCCGAAGACAAGUCUAAAACAUUCAACUCCAAAACACCAGCUGCCAAGAAAAGUCUGCCAAGAGAGAGAGAUGAAAGCUCGGCAGGAAAACCAUGGAAAGGAGAUGAUGAAGACGAGCAUCCCCGGACAGCUGCGUCAGAAAGGAAGAAAGGGAAAAGGAAUCAUAUAGAUGAAGCAGAGGAAUUUUUCGAGUUGUUGAGUCGUGCUCAGAGCAGUCGUGUCGAUGACCAGAGAGGAUUGCUGAGAAAAGAAGACCUUGUGCUUCCUGACUUUCUCAAUGUGGACCCAGAUCCCGAAUCCCAACCUCCUGCCUGCUCAACCCCCACCUCCCAUAAACCCGGCCACACCACCAUCACAACCCCCCGACCUCCUAAACCCAGCUCCUCGAACGGACAUCCCCGUGCACCAAGCCCUGACACGCCCUCUUUCACCACGACACUCUCCCCCAUCCUACACUCCUCGGGUCCGCAGGGUCAGGAAGAGGAAGGGCUGGGUGAUCUGACUCUUGUGGGGGAGGGUGACAUCAGCAGCCCUAACUCCACUCUGCUUCCGCCUCUGCCAAGCUCUUCGCCCCCUUAUGAGGGCUUCACUCCUCCGCCAUGCAUACACAGGCAUCCCAGCCCAGAUAUAGAAGAAGGAAACACACGCACUUCAGCUGUCAACAACCAUCCCUCUUCAACAGCCCAAGUGCUGGACAAGGGGGUCAGUGUGGAGAGGGUCAUUCUGGAGGACAGCUUUGAGGGUUACGCAGCAGAGCUUCGCCAGUGCCAGAACAAAAUGAGAAAUGGCAUUUACACCUCCACAGAUGCAUCCCGUCCCCUUAGCGGGGUGCUGGAAGUCAGCGAGAGUGACACAGUGCAAUACAAAGCAACAUUUGUCUGAAGGAAGCUGCUUGUUGGACAUUUUCAAAGACUGAUAUGAAGCCAAAAUGUGUAUGUGGAUAAUAUUGUGUAUGUUAAUAAUGUAACCUAUGACUGAAAAGGUUAUUCCUUAAUAUUUCUUAACUUUAGACUAUUCUUUAUUUAAUGAUAAUAAUAAUAAAAAAACAUCUGUGUUCAGUGUUAGGUUGGGAUCAUUGUGCACAUCAGAAUAUCAGUGUAACUAGUUGGGAAUUGUAGUGGAAGGUACAUGCAAACGGUUUCAGUAGAUAUAGUGGAACAUAGUCCACCAAUUCAGAUUAUUUCCUUUAAUUGGAAUGUUUUGUUUUUGGAAAUAUAAACACAUCUAGUCUUAUGUUAAACACAGAUUCAGUUUUAAAAGACACAAAAAUGUAU